AUGUCAGAGGAAAAGCCAAAGGAGGGCGUCAAGACCGAGAACGACCACAUCAACCUGAAGGUGGCGGGGCAGGACGGCUCGGUGGUCCAGUUCAAAAUCAAAAGGCACACACCCCUCAAUAAACUCAUGAAGGCGUACUGCGAACGACAGGGUCUUUCAAUAAGGCAGAUCAGGUUCAGGUUCGAUGGGCAGCCAAUCAAUGAGAAUGAUACGCCUUCGCAGCUGGAGAUGGAAGACGAAGACACCAUAGAUGUUUUCCAGCAGCAAACGGGUGGCUGCUGCUAA